CGAUGCCGGUAGAGGCAGGAGCGCUAUUAUUAAGAAUGAUAGGCCUGAAGUGAAAAGAGCUGGUGUUACGAAAGUUAAUAAACAGAACGUUGCGGUUGAUCGUGUGUUUUAUGAACGAUUAAGAAAGCUAUUGAAAAUUGUGAUUCCGGGAUAUAAAUCAAAAGAGUUUUGGUUGUUGAUUGUUCAUUCUGGGUUUUUAGUAUUACUCUCAGUCUACAUAGCGACACUAGAUGGUCGAAUUGCUAGUGCAUUGGUGCGAAAAAACUCUAAAGAAUUUAUGGGUGGAAUUCUAUUAUGGAUGUUUGUGGCUAUACCUGCUACUUACACCAAUAGUAUGUUGACAUAUAUGCAAAAUAAGUUGGCAAUACAAUUUCGUACACGACUCGCAGACUAUAUUCACAAUCAAUACUUAUCUGACAUGACAUUUUACACGAUUGGGAAUUUGGACGAUCGAAUUAAAAACGCUGAACAGUGUGUGACUGUAGAUACCAUGAAAUUCUGUAACUCACUCUCCAUUCUAUACUCGAACCUUGCAAAACCAAUCCUAGAUGCAUUUAUCUAUAACUUUCAGUUAUCCCGAAGUGUGGGCAGUGAAGCGUUAUUUAGUGUUUGUCUUAUAAUAUACUUUUCGUCAAUGUUACUACGAACGUUGACACCGUCUUUCGGGAAGAUGGUAGCAGAGGAACAAAGACUAGAGAGUGAAUUUCGAUUCACUCAUUCGCGUCUUAUCGAAAAUGCCGAAGAAAUUGCACUAUACGCCGGUCACUGUGUCGAAAAAACGAUACUGGAUCGAGCCUACUUUGCACUAAUCAAACAUAUUAAUAAAAGAUUUAGGAUGCGCAUCUUUCAUGGGAUGAUGGAAGAUUUUAUCAUAAAAUAUUUUUGGGGAGCUAUGGGACUUGUGUUAUGUUCAGUGCCAGGUAUAAAGAAGAGUGAUCUUGGUAGUAGAACCGAAGCUAGAACGGAAUCCGGUAUAAUACUACGAUUUUUUAUGGCUACCGAAAAUGAACUCGUUCCUCUUUCUCCUUCUUCCCUUUCUUCUUCUUCCCACUUUUCACUUACUCCAAUACCAAACAACCGAGCUUCAGAUAAGCGAAAAGCAGCAGCAACUAAUUUAACUGAAAAGACAAAAAAAACAUUAAAACAAAAAGAUAUCGCUGUUGAGUAUGAAAUAUCAAAGCAAUCCGUUUCUGAUAUCGUCAAAGCAAAAGAGCAAUGGUUGAAAAUUGAAUCAGGAAUACCUUUAGCUGAAUCCAAAUCACAAAGUGACUUGGAUUUGAGUGACAGUUUGUUAAUGGAAAAAGCCUUGUUAUUUGCUGAAGAAUUCGAGUCCUACAAAAAACGUGGUGAAUCUGGCAGUGUCAAUAUAGACGAGAUUCCAAAGUUUCGUGAGCAACUUCAAGACAUAAUCAAAGACUACGAAUCUCAAGAUGUGUUCAACUGUGACGAGACAGCAUUGUAUUGGAUGCUUGAACCUAGUCGAACUCUAGCAUAUAGUCCAGUUAAAGGAAAGAAGAAAUCAAAAGACUGA